AUACACAACCCCAAAUAAACAGCGAACAUUUUCAUCUUACUCACAAGAAACAAAACACGCAAUAAUUCUUUUACCAGAAAAACCGUUCCCAUCUUCGAAAGACCAAAUCUGAAAUGGCCCGUUGUUGCGGACUCCUAACUAUUUUCAUCUGCGUUCUUUUGAUGCUCUCGCUGUGCCAAGCUAAUUUGAGUAGCUACGUUGAUGAUGGAUAUGGUCAUGAAGAUGGAAGCUUCGAAUCCGACAGCUUACUUAAGCUCAACAACGAUGAUGUUCUUACCUUGAAAAGCUCCGGUGAAACCACUUCAGCAUCCUCAACAGUUAGUGUUGCCAGUUUUGGAGCCAAAGGCGAUGGAAAAACCGAUGAUACUCAGGCCUUCGAGAAAGCAUGGAAGAAAGCAUGUUCAACAAAUGGAGUUACCAAUUUCUUGGUUCCUAAAGGGAAGAGUUACCUCCUUACCUCUACUCAAUUCAAAGGCCCAUGCAAAUCACUACGUAACUUUCAGAUCUUAGGCAGUCUAUCAGCAUCUACAAAACGAUCGGAUUACAAAGACAAAUACCAUUGGCUUAUCUUAGAGGACGUUAACAAUCUAUCAAUCGAUGGUGGGUCGACUGGGGUUAUUAACGGCAACGGAAAAAUCUGGUGGCAAAACUCAUGCAAAAUAGAUAAAUCUAAGCCAUGCACAACAGCGCCAACGGCUCUUACUUUAUACAACUUAAGGAAUCUAAAUAUGAAGAAUUUGAGGGUGAGAGAUGCGCAGCAGAUUCAAGUUUCGAUUGAGAAUUGCAACAAUGUUGACGUCAAUAAUGUUGUCGUCUCUGCUCCCGGCGAUAGUCCCAACACCGAUGGUAUCCAUAUUACCAAUACCAAAAAUAUUCGAGUUUCCAAAUCGGAUAUUGGAACAGGUGAUGAUUGUAUAUCCAUUGAAGAUGGAACACAAAAUCUUCAAAUCAGUGAUUUAACUUGCGGCCCCGGUCACGGAAUCAGUAUUGGGAGCUUGGGGGACGACAACUCAAAAGCUUAUGUUUCGGGAAUUUAUGUGGAUGGUGCUAAGUUCUCUGAGAGUGAUAAUGGAGUUCGGAUCAAGACUUAUCAGGGAGGAUCAGGAACUGCCAAGAACAUUAAAUUUCAAAACAUUCAAAUGAAAAAUGUCAAGAAUCCGAUCAUAAUCGACCAGAACUACUGCGACAAGGACAAAUGCGAAGACCAAGAAUCCGCCGUGCAAGUGAAAAACGUUGUGUACAAGAACAUAUCCGGUACGAGCGCGACGGAUGUGGCGAUAACGUUCAAUUGCAGUGAGAAGUAUCCAUGCCAAGGCAUUGUGCUUGAGAACGUAAACAUUAAAGGAGGAAACGCUUCUUGCAAAAAUGCCAACGUUAAAAAUCAAGGCACCGUUUCUCCUAAAUGCUCUUAAUUACUGAGCUAGUUAUGUAAUAUACGUAUGAAUAUAGAUACACGUAUUUAUAGAUAGAUGCAUGCAUAUUGUACUCUAUAUAUUGCUUAUUGAUAUAUAUGUAGUAAAGAUGUAUGGGUGUACACAUAAAAUAGUCAGAAAGAUUUGUUGCCUUCUAUGUAUACUGUUGAUUAUUUGUAUGUGUCCAUGAAUAAAUUAAUAAGAUUAUUUUUCUAAUA